GUUGGACUAAAGCAGCUAUAAAAUGGAAGCAAAAUGGACCAAGAGAAUGAAGAAGCGAACGCGAAAAAGAAGUGACGACCAACAAAUCAGGAGCAAAAGAAAAGCGAUGGCUCACAGAAGAACCAGCGGAAGCAAACUCCUCAUGACAGUGUUGUAUAUGGUGGCAUCAUGCAGUGCCGUGCCCAUCAGUGACCUGCUCGAUCGAGCCUCUCAGGGCUCUGACAAACUGCACUCACUCAGCACAACACUCACCCAAGUUCUGGACUCUCAUUUCCCUCCUAUAGGUCGGGUGAUCACACCCCGCCCCUCAACGUGCCACACCUCCUCUCUCCAUACACCCAAUGACAAGGCGCAAGCUCUUCAAGUAUCAGAGUCAGACCUGUUGUCAUUGGCUCGUUCUCUGCUCGCAGCCUGGGUGGACCCCCUGGUAGUCCUCUCUGCCUCUGUUAACACUCUGCCUCACCCAGCACAAAGCAGCAUAUCCAACAAGAUCCAGGAGCUACAGCAGCACUCCAAGAGCCUGGGAGACGGCCUGGAUAUAAUUUCUGGCAAGAUGGGUCCAGCUGCUCAGGCCAUCUCCACCCUGCCUUACAGAGGAGGCAAUGAUAUUGGUCAGGACAAGAUUUCCAAAUUGAUCAACUUCCAUUUCCUGAUGUCCUGCUUCCGACGGGACUCCCACAAGAUUGACAGCUUCCUGAAAGUCCUACGCUGCCGGGCAGCAAAGAUGCAACCUGAAAUGUGCUAAAGGGGGAGGCAGGGGAGGCUUGACUCUGAGGGGAGAUUUUUCUGAAAGCUUAUAUUGCCUACAUUCUAGGAAUCUAAUAUCUGAGCUAAUAUCCUAAUAGGCAUUAUGAGCUUACAGAAGGUGAAGAUAAGGAGGAGUUACAUGGUACACACAGGAAGUCAUAUUUUGUUUAACAUGACCCGUUGCAGCCAUCAUUGUGCACAAACAUUGACUGCACUUAUCCAGUUCUCAGUGCAAAUGAAUUGAUGCUUAGACAUAAUGUGAAAAGCGUUUUACUUCUUAAAAAUAUUCCAUUGGGAAUAAGUCAGAGGUUAGAACAGGUUGAGAAAUCCAAGGUAGGUAAGGGAGUAGCCAAAGGCCAAAGGCCCAUAAACCCUCCCAGAUGUUUCCAGCUGGUCUGGCAUUAUCAAUUGAAAAAAAAAAUCAACUGUGGUCACAAACUGUGGUAAACCUGUGUGUCUUCUGUCCUGUGACUCUUCCUUAUGACUACUGACACAGAAUCGCCUCAAAGCCAAGCUACCAAAGGAGCUCUGCAGUGGCAGGCAGUUCACAGUUUGACCUUGGAGAGUUCUCUUUAAGUCAUUCUUCAUGCAGGGAUGCAGGGCUAUUUGAAGAGUUUUCUCUUCCUAACUAAUUUGACUGCUAGCUUGAUUUAUGACAGACUGCAGCAUUUGCACUUUAGAUUUAAUAACACUUUCUUGGAAGCAUAAUGAAUGCAAAGCCUUUUAACUGAAAUUUCUUUUUCUGUAUAUCAAUAAAAUUCAUCUCUUGCACAGUAAAA